AUGACUGUUACAGCUCAUUAUAUUGAGAACUCGUGGGUGCGAAAGAGACAUAUGCUUAGAUUUGCAUAUUUACCAGCACCUCAUACUGCUGAAAGGUUGGGGACAGUGUUGGUUAACUGUUUGCUCGAUUGGAAUGUCGACAGGAAGAUGAUGAUGCUGCUGGAGCAGGAGUGUUGGAAGGAUGUUUCUCCCCUACAAGUGAAGCCAAUCUGGAUCUGGUCCAGCUCCAACCUGAUGUUGAAACUACUGAAGGUUUUGUUUGAGUUUUGUUGCCUUGGCUGCUGGGUGGAAUCAAAGAAUGCAGAAUGCUGCAUUGUUGCUGCUGCUACUGGAAAGUGGAGUAUGGAGGCCUGA